CACAGGGGGAUGAUGGCAUUGGAUACAGUCUGAGGGACUUAACUGAGUUGGGAAUUCGCUGCGACCUCCAACAUGCCGUCCAAGCCUGCCCCGAUCAAGAAGGCGGCCAAGAAAGAACCAGCCAAGAAAGAGGAGGAAAAAGCUCCAGAGCCGGCUCCUGAACCCGCCCCGGUGGCCGAGCCUGCUCCUGCCCCGGCUGUGGACGCCCCGGCCGAAGGAGAAGCGCCUGCGGAGGGCGCUGCCCCUGCAGAGGCUGCCGCUGCUCCAGCCACAGAGGAAGCUGCUCCUGCUGCAGAGUCUGAAGCCCCUGCUGAUGGAGAAGCUCCUGCUGAGGCUCCUGCACCAGAAGAGCCGAAAGCACCCUCUCCUCCACCUCCUCCACCCAAAGAGCCCACAAGUGCCCCUGUGGAUCUGUUCGUUGAAGACAAAAAUGACAAUUCAGUGACCAUUCUCUGGAGUCAGCCCGAGAACAUCGGGCCCACUGGUCUGGACGGAUAUGUCAUUGAAGUUUGCAAGGAGGGAACUCAGGACUGGAAGGCUGUUAAUGAGGAUCUGCAGAAGGCCUGUCGCUACGUAAUCAAGAACCAGACCACCGGUGACCGCCUGUUGAUCCGCGUGGUGGCUGUGAAUGAAGGAGGCCGCAGCCCCCCUGUCGCCCUCCCAGAGCCCGUCCUGGUGAAGGAGGUCGCUGAUCGUCCCAAGGUCCGUUUGCCAAGGUUCCUCAGGCAGAGAUACGUCGCUCAAGUUGGGGAAAAGAUCAACCUGACCAUCCCUUUCACGGGCAAACCCAAACCUGUGGUGUCCUGGACAAAGAACGGCGGACCACUGGACCCGAAGAGAGUGAACAUCCGCAGCACCGACAAAGACAGCAUCCUGUUCAUCCGUGCAGCCGAGAGAGAUGACUCCGGAGUGUAUGAGAUGAGCGUGAAGGUGGAGGACUUUGAAGACAAGGCCCCAGUCACCCUUCAGAUUGUUGAGCUGCCAGGGCCUCCUGCCAGUGUGAAGAUCGUUGAUACCUGGGGCUUCAAUGUUGCUCUGGAGUGGACGCCACCCAAAGACAACGGAAACACUGAGAUCACAGGAUACACGAUUCAGAAGGCCGACAAAAAGACUGGAGACUGGUUCUCCGUGUUGGAGCAUUACCACAGACUGAAUGCCACCAUCUCUGACCUCAUCAUGGGCAACACCUACAAGUUUAGAGUAUUUUCCGAGAACAAGUGUGGAAUAAGCGAGUCCGCUGCUGUUACAAAGGAAGAGGCCAAGAUCUCAAAGACGGGUAUUGACUACAAGCCUCCGGAAUACAAGGAGCACGACUUCAGCGAAGCGCCCAAGUUCACCACGUCUCUGUCCGACAGAGCCACCACUGUCGGCUACAACACCAAGCUGCUAUGCUCCGUCAGGGGAUUCCCUAAGCCGAAGGUUGAGUGGAUGAAGAACCAGAUGAUCAUCGGAGACGACCCCAAGUACAGGCAGAUCUGCGUCCAGGGCAUCUGUUCCCUGGAGAUCCGGAAACCCGGAAACUUCGACGGCGGCGUCUACUCCUGCAGAGCCAAGAACGACCAUGGAGAGGCCAUCGUCAGCUGCAAGCUGGACGUCAAACAGCCAGUGAAUCCAGACGCAGAAAAGAAAUAGAUUGACGUCUUUAAUAACACAGGAGCAGAAGGUACACGGUCUUUGCAGUUUAAGGAUCGGUUGGAUUCCUGGAAGAACGCGUAUCGGUGGCUGGUGAUUUCACUGCCAGCAGGCUUAAGCCUGUGACGUCCUACCGAGUUUAAACAUCCAUUAAGAUGAAGGAUUUAUUUCAUCGCUUCAUGCCUACAAUAUUAAGUCCAUAUCCAUGUCCACAAUUUGUUUCCACCCUCAACGAUACGCUGAGUCAUAACCAUUACAUUGUAACCUGUUCAAACAUUGUACUACUUAAACAACUUGUCAGUCUUACUCAAAAUAAUAUACUGUUCCUCAUAGGAGAACUACAUGUAACAUCAAUGUGUUUAUAUCAAUAAAUAAUUUAAUUUCUG